AUGUGCGGUUUACCAACGUUGCGGAGCACUUUGGUGACUGAGCAUGCGGGCCAUGCCGAUUCAGAAUUUGAUGACUGCGAACUUCUUGGCCAAGGGGCUUAUGGCAUGGUACAUAAGGUGCAAGACAAGGCCACCGGGCAAAGCAAAGUUCUCAAGUCCGUUGUGCGGCCGGAAGGGUGGGAUGAUGAACGCCUCAAGCUAGAGGCCCGGAUUUUGCAAAACUUGGACCAUCCGCACAUCCUUCGCAUCUUUUCCUGGUACGAAGAGGGGGACUCCAUCAACAUCGUCAUGGAGCAUUGUGAUGGUGGAGAGUUGCUAAAGGUUGUGAGAGAAGGGCGCCGACAAGGUGAUGCCUUACCAGAACGAUGGGCAGCUGCGAGCAUCCGUCAAAGCUUUCAAGCAUUGGUGUACAUUCACUCCAAAGGUGUUGUCCACAAAGACCUGAAAGGGCAAAAUUUGCUCCUUUUACAUGACACGCGAGAAAGUGGAAAUGUUUUUGCUCGCCUCCCUCAUGUUGUCAUUUGUGAUCUCGGCAUAGCUGAAAUUUGCUGCCGUGGUAUUUUCGGCCUUCGCGGCAGCAAGGUAGCAGGGACUCCUGCGACAAUGGCGCCUGAGGUUUGGUCAGGCAGCUGCGGGCCCAAAAGUGAUGUUUGGAGCAUGGGGUGCGUCAUGUUUGAGAUGUUCACGAACAAGCUUCCGUUUGAAGUGCGAGGGAAUGUAGAGGGCGCUGCCAAGCAGCAGGCCAAAUGGGUCGAGCUCCACAGCAAAGGGCCAAACUGGGACAUAUUGCGAUGCAGUCGUGAUGCUAAGUCGCUGUGCAAACAGCUGCUGACGUUUCGUGAGAGUGCUAGACCCUCCGCAGCAGAAAGUUUGCAGCAUCCAUGGUUGAAAAUGCAACAAGCUGAAGAAGUGACCUCAGAAGACUUCCAGAAGCUUUGCUCUGCAGUGCUGACGUGGAGAGACCGCUCACCUUGUCAGCGAGCCUUCUGCCUCAAGGUGGCGGCAAACUGCACCUGCAUUGACAAGUUCGCAAAGCUGUUUAUCAAGUUCGACACAGACAACAGCGGCGUUUUGGACACUCCGGAGCUAAUGUCAGCUUUGGUUUCGGUAGGCAUCUCCAAAGAGCUUGCCAAGAAGACCGCCAAAGCGUUGGAUGUGAACGGGGACAACUCCUGCGAGUAUCUUGAGUUUACGGCUGCGUGUUUGUUGUCGAUGGAGGACGAGUUUGAUGAACUUCUACGUCAGGAAUUUCGUGUCCUUGAUGUGAAGAGGGCUGGGGCUCUGACUGCCAAAGAGAUGGAGCCCCUCAUCGCGGAGUUGAAGGUGCUUGCAGCUGCUCGCGGAUUUGAGCUGGAGGACAUUGACACAGAUGGAGAUGGCCACAUCGACUUCCAGGAGUUCUGUACUUACUUCGGGCGACCGAACGUGACCUAUUCGCGCACAUUGGCGCAAGCCAAUGACAGUGCAAAGUUGAAUGGUGGAAGCAUGAAAAUGCCCAUGAAGCAGCAUGUGCGGAUCGUUGGUGGUCAUGGCAGAAGUGUCGAGAUGAGCAUGGAUCAAAUUCGGAAAAGUCAUCGCCUCAGAUGCUAA